GAAAAAAAGUUCCAAGUGAGUGCGCUGCUCGGCCUGGCGGUCCCUGGAGAGGGAUGUGUGGCCCAAGCGCUAUCCACAGCGCAGCAACUCUGUCUACAGAUGGAUGAGUGUCAACCAGCGUGUGAGCGCAUCCAUUCUCGCCUGAAUAAUCUCUUCUCUGAGCUCUUUGAGAUGGAUCGCGACAACCAACUCCCUUCCAGCAACUUACUGGAUCAAUUCGUGGAUGUAUUAAAACGCUACCUUCGCUUCCUGCAACUUCACCAUAGUAAGCAGCUGACGAUUCGCGUUGUGCGACACCGAGUCAUGGCGUACGAGCUGGAGGAACUCAACAAGUGCGUCACUGAUCUGUUCGUUGAGUUGCUUGACGUGGAUGCCUCAACUUGGCGCGAACAGUGGAAGGAAGACUAUUUCACGCAUAAAUCGGUGCUGGAUGUGUCGUUAAGCGAUAAAAACGUGAUAUUUCAUGGUCUUCAGAGCCCUCGAUCGCAACUGGAAGCUUUAUUGACGUUUAAAUUUGAGGUGGGAAAGCUAAUCAGUCUACACGAGAAAGAAGACAUAAGCCGAAUGAAAUCUUUGAUUGAAACUAUAAGCGCCGCACUGCGAGUAUCUGACACUGCGUUGCCGUCGUGGUUUGCUCCGGAAGACUGUUUCAAAGUGCCUUCCAAGCCAUUCGCCAGGGGCGACUUUGGCUUCAAGUACAAUGCAGUGCAGAAGCUCGUGUUGAAACGUUUCUAUAUUGAUGACUCGGUGGCUGAUGAAGGGAUGUGGAUAGAAAUUAGAAAGGAGAUGGACAUCCUGUUCGCACUGCGUCACCCUCAUCUACUGCCUCUGUUUGGUGCUUCACACGUCAAUUCACCGCCGUUUCUUGUGUCCGCACACGCCGAGAAUGGCGAUCUCCGCUCGUUCCUGGCUCGCAGUGGCGACAACAAGUUGGAGAUGUGGCGAUUGCUUUAUGAAGCGGCACAGGGACUGGAGUUUAUCCACAAGGAGGGGGUCGUACUACAGCUCCCGACGUCUGCUUCGGACGUCUUCUCUUUCGGGAUGUGCGUCGUUGAGGCUGUGACUGGAGUCCCUCCGCUUGCACUCUUAUCCGAUGACGAGUACCAUUAUAUCGUGAGAAACGGUGGUACCUUUCCUAAGCCCGACGGGAUAUUGGACGAUGCGUGGGAGCUCGUGCUACGAAUGACGAACCCAGACCCAAACAAGCGCUGCAAACUACAGUACGUAGUGGAGCAGUUGAAAGCGUUUGCGGACCGAAGUAGAGACGAACGAGCUGUCACGUGUGGGGCAUGUAACACUCUGCCUAGGGGUGACGCUCGCUUUUGUUCCGAGUGCGGGAAGCCCACGAACAACUGCGUACAACACGAACGUGUUUUCGAGGGGAACACUAGCUCAGAGCUGGUAAUUGGCACCUGCGUCUCUGACGUAUUGAAUGCAGUUCGCAUGGGUAGUGUCGGUGACCAGGAACAGGCAUUAUUGACUCUCUACCCCUUGAUUUUUGAUGAAGGACAACGCAAACAGUUUUACGAUGCGAAUGGGGUUCUCGAAUUGACGAAUCUGGUGAGAAAUGGGUGGACGCACUUUAUUAAGGUUAGCGCGAUGGCCUCUCUCAGAUUAAUAGAGUUCGACUCUGUGCUGCCGUCCAAUGAGCUGGCACGUCUUGGCGAGUUCAGCUGUCCAGCCACUGCUCAAGAGUGUGUCGCUAUUGUAGCGGAUUUAUCGCAAGGCAGCAGCCGAGACAAAGCGAAGGCCGCACUCCACUGUGCGUGUUUGACUGACGAGAGAAACAUCAGCGACUUACGAGAAGCUGGCGUUGCGAUCCCGCUGGUGACGUUGCUGUCAAGCGGCGAUGAAUGUCAGAAACUAUGUGCAGCCAGCGCUUUAGGACGCUGCGCACAUGACAUUGAAACUUGCGAAGUUCUUGCGCGAGCCGGCGCUAUCGAGCCUCUGGUAGCUCUGCUGCAAGGAGGAAACAGCGCGCAGAAGCCUCAGUCUGCGUUUGCAUUGAGUCGCCUUUCGAGUAGUAGUGUUUGCUGUGACUCGAUCAUCGAUGAUGAAGCCAUUUCCCUCUUCGUCGAGUUACUUCGCAACGGCAGCACUCGUGGACAGCUACACGCAGCCUGUGCGCUUGGAAACGCCACUGUGAUUGGACAAGACGUCAGGACUUCGAUCGUCAGUAGUGGAGCUAUCAGUCCUUUUGUUAUGCUUCUGGAAAAGGGAACAACCCAACAGCAAGACCAAGCUGCACGGACGUUGGCAAACCUGACAGUGGACAAGGCUAAUUGCGCUCAAAUCACGCGAGAAGGAGGCAUUCAGCCUCUUGUAAAGAUUCUCCGAGUCGGAACGACCAGCCAGAAGGGCCAAGCAGCUCGAGCUUUGGCCAACUUGGCGAUCGACGAGAGCAAUAUUGAUGUCAUUGUACAGGCUGGAGCCAUCCCGUCGCUUGUGGGUCUUCUCGAAGAGACAUUCGGUAAGAGAGACGAAGCUACGCGUGCUUUGGCUAACUUGGCUUUCAAAGGGGAUAGUCGAAGUGCCAUCGUCAAAGCAGGGGCCAUUGAGCCACUUGUGGGUCUCUUAAGGACAAUGGAGUGUAGUCUCAAGGUGCUAGCAGUACGCGCACUAGCCAACCUGGCUCUUAACGUAGAAAGCCGUCGUCUUAUCGUUGAUGCAGGAGCCGUCCGCUUCUUUAUUUCCAUCUCCGUUGCGGUUGAGCCGUUGAUUGGUCUAGUGAAGUGUGGGACCACCAAAGAGACUGGUUGUGCACUGCGAGCUCUGGCCAAUUUGGCAAUCGAUGGUGGCAAUCUUGACGCCAUCAAGACCAUCGUGGGUAUUCCUCGAGUUGUCGAUCUGUUGCGAAGUGGGAAUGACAAACAGAAGUACCAGCUCGCUCGAUUGCUGGGGAGCUUGGCUGCCGCUCGGGCAUUGGCCAAUUUGGCCGUUUACGCUGAAAGUCGCCGCGUGAUUGUUGCUGCAGAAGCGAUCCCGAUUCUUGUGUUGCGACUGAAAGAUGGAUCGGAUAACCAGAAGACGGAUGCUGUACGAGCUUUGACGAAUCUGGCGGUAGAUGUGCGCACUGUGGUGAUUAUCGCCCAACACGGAGCCAUUCCAGCUCUUGAAGCGCUCAUACGACAGGGGACGGACAAGCAGAGACUUCAAGCAACUCAAGCUCUCGAGCAGCUAACGUUCAAUUAUGACAGCAGCGAUUCAACUGAGAGUGUGGAUGAAGAUGCACCUAUCGUGGAGCUACUACAAACAGGAAGUUGGAGUCCGAUGAAAUGGCGCUUUCAUAUCCCCCGCGUUACGUCUGCUGCCCCAACGUUGAAACGAUUUCCAACGCAGACAUUGAAAGUGGAGAAGCAGUACCAACCGCGUGUAAAACGACCAUGCGACAAAGACCAACGUUCAUUGAGUUAG